AUGGUUCUCUUGUCUUCCCGCCGUGUCUUGGGCACAGCUUGUCUCUUUCUUCCAUUCUUGGCUCAAGCCUCUUCAGAUCCUGUAGCAUCUCCCUCGGUGGACACAGAACUCAUCUGCGCCCCAGACAACCCUGACGACUGCUAUCUUCGAAUCUUCGAGCCUACCAAAGACUUUCAAAUCAUAAAAGAAGGACAAGACCUACCUCCCGGCCUCCACAUUCGAAUGAACUUAGAGACCGGUCUGAAAGAAGCAAGGUUAAACAUACCUACAGAGGGUGAAGAAAGCGUAGAAUCACAACUGGAAGGAUUACCAACAGAACAGUCCAUGGUUGUGGUCGACCAACCGGAGGCGGAUUCAGAAGAACCUGGAAAGCCAGCACUUCGAGACCAAGUGCCAAUGAACCCACCUUCGUACGAUGCGGCUGGAAAAGUACCACCACCAAUACCGAACGCAGAGUCCGGCGACGAGAUGUCAACUUUUCAAGCGUCCAUGCUUGCCAUUAAGAUGGAAGCGAGGGCAUUUGAUAAAGCUUUGGAUGAUCUGAAUGAAUUAGCACACGACAUCUAUUAUGGUGUUGAAAUCGCGAAAGACGGCCCAGUUCUUGAGAAACUCGUUUGCCUCACGUUGGGAGCAGGAACUCAGCGAAUGGACGCAAAGGAAAAUGGACGAGACCACAAGGCCGCAUCUAUCCUGGGAUCUGCCUUACAGAACAACCCAACUGCUCUGAAGGAGAUCGCAGGUUACAACAAGAUGGUAGUUAACCCUAUGUGUGGCCAAGGCGGAUCAAAAUCUCAAGACGAUUUUGUCAAAAUCCUCCGUAGCGGCAUAGGUGGCGAGAAGAACGCUGCCACUUUGAGGGCAAAGGUUGGUGCAAUCAGUGGCAUCCUUCGGGAGCCUACAUUCCGAGACGAAUUUAUCAAGAGAGACGGGAUGGAGUUACUUCUCGCCAUGUUCUUGAAAAAGGGAGAGGACUUCGAUAUAGUCCGCAAGAAGGUCGGCCAACUCGUCAUGGAUAACUUCCUGGACGAGGGGAUGGGUGCGUCUCUUGGUGUAUGGCCGAAGAAUGAAGCUAGUUCUUCAAAGACCUGUCAAGUUAAGGAAAAUAUGUUGGAUGAUGGGUGUUGGGAUCAUCAUGUCGAUACAUUUUCGAAGGCUACGCCUGAGGCGGCGUGGGCUAAGGAUUUGUUGGUUGCGUUGAAGGAAGAGAGAGGGAGGUCUUCCAAAGGGAGUAAAGAGAGAGAGCUGUGA